GUUCUUCCAUGUCGUCAUCAUUCUUUGGAUCCUUCUGGGCUGCGUUCACCGAAUCACAAUGGGUUGCAGUAGCUACGAUAUUGAGUAUCGCCCUAAUCAUCGGCGUCAUCAUAUUUCUGGCGGGCAUAGUCUGCAUUAGAAGCUGGCGAAAAAACAUUAUUUUCACACUUUCAUUUUCUAGGAAGAGGCAGAACCAUUUGCAUGCCGGGGGGUGUUCAAGUCCCAGGUGUAUUGCUGAAUAUCACGUUCCUAACUGUCCUAUUGGUGGUCACGUGGACACCUCGAACCUACUGAACAACGCGGGAACGAGGCAGGGCUCAAUGACGUCGAAAUCACUCUCGCUCGAUCUUGCUGGUGGUCCGUUGGACGGUUCAAACGCCGAGAAUGACUAUUUCAGAACCUGGCAACUGCAACGAAAUGCCCUCAACAUGAGACCCACUCCUGGUGCCUUGAACAGCCCAUCUUUACAACAAGCACAUCCCUAUUUCCAGCAACAACGACAAUUUCCACAACAACAACAACAGCAGUUGUACAAUCCUCAACAAACAUCAUCCAAUCUAAUGCAGCAGUCGUCGUACUCCUACCAGCCACAUCAAAGCUACAGCGACAACUUUUUCCAGCAGCAGCAACAGCAGCCACAUCUACCACAACAACAACAACAACAACAACAACAGCACAUUGUUGAGCACAUCUACGAAAGCCCCAAAUUCAACAGAAAGGAAUACAACACUGACGUCUAUGAGGGCAGAACAACAACACCAACUCCACCCCCACCACCGGUCAACAACAAUAAUAACAAAAAUAUAAACAUCAGUAACAAUGUUAAUAAUAAUAUUCCUCACCAAGGAUCGAACCCGCUACCACCACCACCACCUCCACCACCAUUGGCCAGCAGCGAAUGCUUUCCAUACAAAUGUCCACCCAUUAACAAUGCUUCUGUUACAUAA